AUGGCCUCGCCUCCACAGCUUACGGGGACAAAGCGAAGGCGGGUUGCUGUGGCAUGUGAAAACUGUCACAACAGCCGGGUACGCUGCGACGCUUAUUGGGUCGGGCUUCCAUGCAGCCGCUGCAAGGGCAGUAAGCGAGACUCUUGCCAUUUCAUUCAGUCGAAGAAACGGAGAGGCGUCGACGGCCGCUUCGUCCCCGUCAGCACUGGCUCUUCACUCGACGGCUCUUUUCAGUCUGGUAUAUCUUCUACCUUAUCUCCUACACAUUCCUAUAGUGCUCCUACGGCGCCUCUGUUAUCUCGCGCCACGGUUCCACAUCAUGCAGCAAGUGCAGUGAGAACACAGAUUGACUCUGGGUCUCCUGAUCAGGCCUUAGCUUCGACAAUUGGAUCAUCUAUUGAAAGACUGACGAGAUCACCGAAUACCACAGUGGACUUGGAUCCCAUCUGUCGCGCGAAUGCGUCGGAUACAGAGUUGCAAGCCCCGACGGACCGGCACAGUCGCGUGCACGACGAACCGCAAGACAUUACCCUUCUCAACGCGAGUGAAGAUCCCCAAGAUGGUAGCCAGAUCGAGCCCAUCUCCUACAUGGGCGAAUCUUGGUUCUUAUCCUUCGUGCUGCAUAACACCAAUCACGAAGACACUAGUCGUCAUCGCUCCGUCGUACCUUCCUCCACUGCCCACAAUGAGAGCUCAAGAAUUUCUAAUCACAGUCUUGAAUCUGCCACUCACGCAACGCGCCUAGCAGAGAUUCCAUAUACUUCCCCGUUGCCAGAAGCCUUGAGCGGCGAUAUUUGCGACCAAUUGCUGGAUGCUUAUUUUUCGUAUUUCCAACCGAUAUGCCCCAUUGUUGACAGAGGACCAUUCCUGGAGUCGGUCCACGCGCGAACAGUCUCGAGGACAUUGCUGCUUUGUGUGUGCUUCAUUGCCUCGGUCCAUUGUGAGAUGGAUGUUCUUCGGUCUUUGGGGUAUCAGACACGCGUUGAAGCCGGCGACGAUCUAUUCAGUAAGGCAGACCAGGCGCUUGCAGACGAUACCGAUUCUGAUCGUAUCACAAUCAUGAUUUCUUCUUACCUACUGCACUACUGGUGGGGCAAGCCCGUAAAAUUUGACGACUCGCUUUGGAGGUUGGCUGGUGUCAUUCGAUCGGGGCAAUGCCUGGGAAUGCAUCACAGCACUGCCAACAGUCACAUGGGCCUGGACGUUCGAAAAAGAUGGAAGCGACUGUGGUGGUUGUUAUACAUACGUGACCGUCAAGUGUCGCUCUGUUUGGGCAUGCCAAUGAUAAUCAAUGAUGAUGACUGCACGUUGGAAGCCUUGACAGUAGAGGACUUCCCCUCUGAACCUCGAGAAACAGCCCAGUAUAUCAUUGGUCAAGCGAGCCUUUCGCGCGCAGCAUGCGAGGUUCGAAAAUAUAUCUCAUCUGUGCUUGGUCAGCAUCAACAGCAACCGAUCGUGGAAACAGAGCAAGAAAUCAUGCGAUUGUUCCAGGUUUGGCAUCGGAGCCUUCCCAAGGACAUGCUGUGUUCCUCCAAGGGCGCAAACCAGCUGGCACUGACACUCCAGAUUACUUUCAAUUUGUAUCGAAUCAUUUUCCUCCAAAGGCUUCACAGAGCCUAUCAAAAUGAAGCAUACGCGACACGAAGCAACCAUGAUAUUAUAGAUGCGGCUGAAACUAUAACAUCCUUGACCGAGCAAGCUCUCACACACUUCCAGCCUCGUUCUCUGCCAAUGAUAUGUGUCACAGCGAUUUUCGCUGCCAUGAACGUGCAGUAUGCCGCUUCGUUCUCCUGCAAGGACUACGUCAGUCAGGUCCUGCUCCACAAACUACGCAAGAACCUUCUCGGACUGGAACAACUUGAGCAGGUCUAUAGCCUGGCUGCUUGGAUUCGCCGGCUCUUUAGCAAGGUUCUUGAUCAAUCAGAACAUAGAAGAAAGUCCUCAGCCUGUGCUAGGAUCAGCACAAAAGACAAUCUUCCUUCCUUUGUUGACGAAGCUGCCUCACAGUUGGGCUUGGGAAGACCCUCAACAUCGCAAACAAGCCCUGAAGCCGAGACACCUCUUCCACAGGCCUCAUCAUCACACCACAGGUACAAUGAUACUAGAAUUCCCACCCUUGGUCCGGAAAGCACAACCCCGGUUCCAUUGACUGCGGGGGAGACUAUUAUUCCUUGUCCGCCACCAAUCUCUCAAGGCGACUUGCUCUUUCCGAACAUGUGGACUGACGAACCAGGCGAUUUGUCUGAGUUUGAGGCUCAGUUCCUGAACACCAAUGUCCCACGACAUUGGCCUCUUCUGAGCCCGCUCGAGCUAGAAAACAUGCGAUUGCUUGGGCUUGCGCAGUCGCAAUUUCAGGCUAGACGACAAACCAGAAAUGUGUCUCUCAAAGUUCCAGCACGAGAGACACAGUCUGGUCGCUCUCAAAGAGGUCGCUUAGGACUUCUGUCAGGUCUUGGGCUUGCAAGUGCAGGGGCUGUUAUUUGGACAGCUACCGAUCGUGGUAAGCCGGGCUUCACACCUGGCCCCGUCGCAUUCAGCUCGACCCAGCCCCUGUUAGACUCGCCACCAAUUGUGCAUGAUAUUUCAGCGGACAAUCUGAGAGAGGCGUUUCGAGACUUCGUGGACAUCCUCGGCGAAGACCGCGUCUCGAGAGAUCCUGCUGACCUACUGCAACACUCGGGGUCUGAUUUCCAAUCGUAUUCUUGGAGCGAAGACACAGCUGUCCCUGGGCAUGUCAUUGUCUAUCCGCUCUCCACCCAAGAGGUGUCAGAGGUGGUGAAAGUAUGCUAUCGGCGACGAAUACCCAUCACACCAUACUCCGGUGGUACUUCGGUGGAAGGUCAGUACAUUCCUGAUAUGGGAGGCGUGUGUGUCGACUUCAGCAUGAUGGAUAAGAUAUUGGAAACCAAUCCUGUUGACCUGGACUGUACAGUUCAGCCGGGCUUAGGCUGGAUGGAAUUGAACCAGGAGCUCGCAGCUAACAAUUUGUUCUUCCCUCCUGACCCGGGGCCGGGCGCCUUGAUCGGUGGGAUGGUUGGCACGGGAUGCUCGGGGACUAAUGCCGCCAGGUAUGGGACCAUGAAGGAUUGGGUCUUGUCACUCACCAUGGUCCUUGCAGACGGGACCAUAGUGAAGACACGGCAACGGCCUCGCAAAUCCAGCGCCGGGUAUGAUCUCACGAGGCUGGUCAUCGGAAGCGAAGGAACCUUGGGUCUGGUCACAGAGGUAACCCUAAAGUUGGCCGUUAAACACUCUCACGAGGCCGUUGCGGUUUGCACUUUCGCCUCAAUCAAAGACGCAGCCCGUACAGUGCAGGCAAUCAUCUCAAAGGGUGUCCCAGUAGCAGCAGUCGAGAUCCUGGAUGACGUGCAAAUGAGCUGUAUCAACAAAGCAGGGCUUACGAGGCGCAAAUGGGCAGAGCAGCCGUCGUUGUUCUUCAAAUUCACCGGUAACACGGAUUUGAUGGUCCAGGAUGCCGCGAAACUGACUGGAGAGAUUUCUAAACAGCAAGGUUCGACCUCGUAUCUGUACGCAGUGGAUCAGGAAGAGCGGGAGGAGCUGUGGUCGGCACGGAAAAACGCUCUGUGGUCGGUACUGGCUUUGCGGACGAAACCAAGUGAUAGAGUAUGGACGACCGACGUCGCCGUGCCGCUAAGUCGGCUUGCAGACAUCAUUGAAGAAGCAAAACUACACAUCGAACGUUCUGGUCUGCUUGGAACCAUUGUGGGUCAUGUCGGCGAUGGGAACUUUCAUGCUUUACUGCUGUUUCCGGAAGAGAAGCGCCAUGUCGCUGAACACUUGGUUCAUGAGAUGGUGGACAGAGCGAUUGCCAUGGAAGGAACCGCGACGGGUGAACACGGUGUCGGGCUAGUAAAGAGGGACUAUCUCGAGAAAGAGCUGGGAAAGACAACUGUCGAUUUCAUGCGUAAGCUGAAGAAUGCCGUGGACCCGCUAUGCAUCCUGAACUGCGGGAAGAUCAUGCGGAUGGAACACAGUCCAUCUGUGGAAUAA